AUGAGCUGCGGGAGUGUGAACUUUGCGGCCCGCUCCGUGAUCUCCCCAGAUCCCAAUAUCGAGCCCUCGGAGAUUGGAGUUCCAGAGGAGAUUGCAGCAGGUUUGUAUUACCCAGAGGUCGCUGCACCGUACAACGUGGAGUGGUUGCGGAAGUUGGUGAUCCGUGGCACACAAUAUCCUGGAGCUUGCGAGGUGCAUAAACCGAACCCGGACGGAGGCAAAGUCAUCAUCCUCCUGCGGCUACUCGAUGAGGAGAAAAGAGAAUUGCUGGCGAAGCAACUCAUCAGCGACGUCAGGAGCGGAAAACCGCCCUAUACCGUCUUUCGCCACCUCAGAGACGGUGAUCCUUUGCUGGUGAAUCGUCAGCCCACGUUGCACAAACCUGGCAUCAUGGCCCACACCGCCAAGG